AAUCGGAUUUUAGUUGUAUUUUAAUAUGCUUGGUUGUAUUUGAAAAAAUAAACUUUAAUGGUUGUAACCCGCAAAUAGAUACUUUUACUCGUAAAUUUUCACGGAGUAGUUUUUUAAUUUUUUUUUUUUUUUCGGGAAUAAUUUUCAUUUAUCAUUAAAUUACAGUAUUACUCUAUGGGUGAAAGAACAAGGAAAAAUGUGGGGCUAGUUUGAACAAGAGCACGCCUUUUCUUUUGGUUUGCGAUCUCUGAAGUCUGAAGCUUCAAGCUCCGAAAUUUUCUUAAAAUUGCAUAUUAAUGGCAAUAAAGAUGAAUCAAAUCUUACCCAUUUUUGUUCUUCCCUUAUUAUUACUGCUUUCAUUGGAUGAUUACAAUGUUGUUGCUGCAGAAUCGAGUUCAUCUACUUCCACCACAAUGCACACCAAUAACUGGGCUGUUUUAGUCUGCACCUCUCGAUUUUGGUUCAACUAUCGACACAUGGCCAAUACCCUAUCCUUGUAUAGGACCGUUAAAAGACUAGGGAUACCGGAUGAGAGGAUAAUACUUAUGUUAGCUGAUGACAUGGCUUGUAAUGCAAGAAAUAAGUACCCUGCUCAAGUUUUCAACAAUGAAAACCAUCGACUAAAUUUGUAUGGAGACAAUGUUGAGGUUGAUUAUCGAGGUUAUGAGGUGACUGUUGAAAACUUCAUGAGGGUUUUAACAGGGCGACAUGAAGACGCUGUUCCAAGGUCCAAACGGUUGUUAAGUGAUGAAGGAAGCCAUAUACUUCUGUAUAUGACUGGUCAUGGUGGGGAUGAAUUUUUGAAGUUUCAAGACUCCGAGGAACUUCAGAGCCAUGAUUUAGCAGAUGCAGUGAAACAAAUGAAAGAAAAGCAUAGAUUCAAGGAGCUUUUGAUAAUGGUUGACACUUGCCAAGCUGCCACUCUUUUCAACCAGCUACAAUCACCUGGUGUUUUGGCAAUUGGGAGCAGCAUGAAAGGGGAAAAUUCUUAUUCUCACCACUUGGAUUCGGAUGUUGGAGUUUCUGUUGUAGAUCGCUUCACUUAUUAUACCCUUGCUUUUUUUGAAAGGCUAAAUAUGUAUGACAAUGCCUCCUUGAGCAGUUUGUUCAAUUCUUACAAACCAAAUUUGCUCAUGUCGACUGCAUAUUACCGAACUGAUUUAUACAAGCGCAAUUUAGAAGAGGUUCCUGUGACAAACUUCUUUGGCUCAGUCAUGGAAACAAUUCACACGAAGUCUGCGUAUAAAGCAUUCUCAAACAAGAAUUUAAGCAGUAAUAUUAGAAGCAUGUCACAUGAGCAGCAAGCUGACUUGCAGAAACAAAGAGAGCUGCUAGCUGACAGUGAUUUGGAAACUAUCUCUUACACAGUGGAUCAAGUUUGCCCUAUUCACAAGAUGUGGGGUACUCUGCAAAACAAAGUCGAUAGUAUAGUUGAUGUAGAAACUUUUGUGAAUCGUGGAUUGUUGUUUAUGCUACCUUUGGUAGCAAUUACAACUUGGCUAUCGUAUUGAAGCUGUCACACUAGCUUCACACCAGCAGCCAGCAACUCAACAUAUCCAUACUGAAGCAAAGCUACAUUAUUAGCUUUUGCAAGUCCUCAUUCGAGCAGAUGUGAUGUCAGUAGCUCAAAGGAAAAAGCCUUGAAGACACCAUAUGAUUAAUUGUUAUGAUGCAUUCUGCUUUUAUAUUGGUUAGAAGAUCUAGUUAGUUUGUGCUAUAUAAAUAGAGGUUGGAUACCUGAUUCUUCUUCUUUGUCAGGACUCAGGAGGCAAUGCUUCUUAUAAUUAACAUUCUUUGGCCCAGUUAUGGCAAGUCAUCACUUUGGUGCUUAGUCACGUUCCUGUGACUAUAAUCUGCUACCCUGCCAGAAGUUGCUUAGGCUGCAGUUCCUUUUCUGUUUAUCAACUUUUGUAGUUCGUUCUUUUGUAUAAUUAUAGAUCUUAAUGUUGAAUUACUCUGAAACAUAGGGAGUAUUAUUUGGACUUCAAAAUUGUGUACUUUUGGCCUUCCAUUUUGGUCAAUAUGGUAAGAGCUAUCAUAUUCUAAAUUGUGAAGCUUCAUUUGAUUUAUGAGAGGUACUAAUAAUAAUGUAAGAGAGGGAGAAACGAUCAGUUUGUAGGCAAAAGAACAAUUUAGUAUUGUUCUAGCCUAGCUUGGUGUAAGUGCCUGCCAAUUUUUAUCUACAA